CUCCUAUUUCCCCAGCUUCUUCAAGCUUUCAAACGGCUGCAACUCUCUUUCCUUCUCUAAAACGCACAUCAAUGGAUGAGCACAUUGUCUCUGCGAAAAAAGAGGCGCUUAUUGAAAUGGUGAAAUUGGCACAAAAACGAGGAAUGGUAGGUAGUAAAGGAGGCUGGAAAGAUUUUCUAAAAUUUUACGACAAAAAGUUUGGUGCAAGUGUGAGCGACCCUGCCCGAAGGUCUGUUGAUUCAUUGGUUGCAUUUUUGAAAACUUUUACCCAGGAGAAUGAUUUGAAGUUUCUCAAGAAAGUAAUGCAGUGUCACUCCAACCGUGAAGCCAUGGUGACAUUAACAAAGUCUUCCCCGCUUAAUGAAAUCCCCGAACAGAGGCUGGUCAGUAUGACUCUAGGUCAUCCUCAGUACUCGAUCGAUUAUGCUCUACCAUCGUAUGAUGAGGAGUGGAUGGUUGUAAAAUGCAGCAAAAAGUCCAAGGCCAUGAAGUCAACAGUAAUCCUUGCCAUUGAUUGUGAGAUGGUUCUCUGUGAAGAUGGGACUGAAGCUUUAGUAAGGGUGUGUGCUGUGGACCGUAAUUUACAGGUUAAACUUGAUGUAUUUGUGAACCCCAAUAAAGCAAUUGCAGAUUACCGAACUGAGAUAACUGGAAUUUCUGCAAAAGAGUUAGAUGGAGUUACUUAUUCAUUGGUAGAUGUACAGAAAUCCAUGAAGAAGUUAUUAUCAAAUGGAACCAUUUUAGUUGGCCACAGUCUGAACAAUGAUCUUCAAGCACUCAAGUUAGAAUAUACUAGAAUAAUCGACACAUCUUAUGUCUUCAAACGUGCAAAUGGACCUGCUAACAAAAAACCUUCUUUGAGUUUGCUAUGUAAGGGCGUGUUAGGUUAUGAGCUUCGGAAGGAAGGGAGUCCGCAUAACUGUCUAGAUGAUGCUUGUGCUGCUAUGAAACUUGUUCUGGCUAGAUUAGAGCAUGGAGCUGAUGGUGUUAUUCAAGAGGAGGUGAAAGAUGUAGAUUCAGCCAAGCUGCUUCUUCACAGGAUUCCAGUUAAUAUUUCUACCAAAGAUUUACAGAGUGUUAUUCCAGGGGAUUUUGAGAUUGAAUUGAAGACAAGCAAAAAAGUUCGAGAUACAUAUUCUGCAUUUGCAGUUUUCGGAAAUCAGAAAGAAGCCAAUGAAACAUUUGAUAAUCUCCAGGGCAACCUAGAGAAGGACUCAACUGGACGACCCCAAAAAGUCUUCACCUUUGAGCUCGGUACUGGGAAAGCUGCUAGUUUGUGUGUGUGUAAGAUGGCUUGUGAUGAUUCUGUUGACCAAGGUACAUUGAAGAAGAGGUCAUUCGAAGAUGAGGACAAGUUGGGUGCAUUGAAGAAGUCAAGGAAAGACCAGAAUUGUGAACAACUCGAGGAGCCGGAUUUAAGCUUAAAUAAAUGUGAGGCACAUUCAAAAGAGAUUGAAAGAUUGAAGCAAGAGCUAAGACAGAGAGAUCAGGAAAUAUCAAACUUGAACAAAAUAUUAGUCGCACUUACUAGGAAACAAGGACUCUGAACACUCUCAAGCACAAGCAUGAGGCGCUUUUAAUUAAGCCAGAUGAUGCUUUUUCGUUUAAUGGCUUGUCCAUGCUUCAUGAAGCGCCUGAGAGAUGGAUAUAUUUUCAGAAAAGCUAGUAUGAGCACAUGCUGCUUACUUUUGGAGCUUUUGUACCAGAAGGAAUGGAGAAUAGAACAAGAUACACCAUAGUUUUCUUCCUCAUUUUUUUUUUCUCGGCUGUAGAAUAGCUGGAGAUGGCGAAAAUGCAUCUGAAUAGAAAUUUGAACCGUAAUACGGUAUUGAUGAGAAUCAUCAUUUUUGUUGUAUUUAUAUGGAAUGCUAACGCCUAAUCAUCUUGUGACCAUAUUGGUGCAUCUUAUAAUUUCCAUCUUGCUUAUUUAUGUACUUUCGAGUACCAAAGUAAUAGACAAUCCAUUUUCUCUUUCAUGCU